AUGGCAGAGUUACAAAUCGAAAACUCCCACUCGGAAUCUUUUCAAUUUGAUGAACCGAAAGAUCAAGACAGAGUCGAAAAAGCGGUCCUUGCCACUUUCCCUGCGGCUCUUGCCUCCCUCAGCUUUGGUUACUGUCUGGGAUAUUCAUCGUCAGCUUUGGAGGAUUUACAAAAUGAUAAUACCUCCUUCAACAUCAGCCUAACGGCUGAGCAAGCAUCCUGGUUCUCGUCCUUGAUUGCUUUUGGACUGAUUAUUGGGUGUCUGAUCGGUGGAUGGGCGAUUGAAAAGUUUGGUCGAAAGGGCACCACGAUGAUGUGCUCCGUACCUUUCGUCCUAGGAUGGCUCCUUAUCAGUUAUGCCCAGAGUGUUGCCAUACUUUACGCUGGUAGAUUCAUCACAGGUGUGGCGUGUGGCGCUGUCUCCUUUACUGCUCCAGUGUACAUUGCCGAGAUUGCAGCCGCCCGAGUGCGUGGAGUGUUAGCUAGCCUAAGGAGCCUGAGUUUCACAUUGGGCGUGUUGAUAUGCCUGGCAACGGGCGUCCUGUGUCAUUGGAGGUGGCUGGCUUUUAUUGGUGCAAUUCCUCCAACGCUGGUCCUUAUUCUGAUGAUUCCCAUGCCACAGUCCCCUCGCUGGUUACUGGGAAAGAACCGAACGGAUGAAGCGCUGGAAGUCCUAUUGUGGUUACGAGGUCCAGAAGCGAACAUAAAGGAGGAGUGUUCCAACAUUAAAGACACCUUAGAUCGUCAAGGGAGGCUAAAGUGUACAGAUAUUGGAACGCCCACAAUAGCAAAGCCCUUAAUCAUUAGCGUCGGGAUUUUUAUGUUUAUGGAAUUAACUGGAACAGAUGCAAUACUCUUCAAUGCGGCAAAUUUAUUCAAAAUUGUGGGCAUCGCAAAUGAGAAGCUCGUCGCAAUAUCUGUGGGUAUUUCUCAACUUAUCGGUAAUAUUUUUUCGUGUUUCCUCGUGGACAAAGUAGGAAGACGAAAGCUUCUGUUGACCUCUGCUCUCGUAAUGUCCUUGUCCCUAAUAACACUGGGCGUGUUCUUUGCCAUCUUUAUCCCUGCAGUUGAUGGAGGCUUCGCAACAGACGCAGACACUUCAUCUGGUUCCACCAGUCCACCGGCCGAAGAGAUUUCCUGGCUGCCAGUCUCUUCUAUUUUUCUUUUCAAUUUGAUGUUUUCCCUGGCGUGGGGGCCACUUCCGUGGGUUUUAAUUUCAGAAAUAUUUCCUCUCCGCGCACGUGGAUUUGCUUGCAGUUUUGUGACCACGGUGUUCGGAGUUACGCAGUUUAUUGUUACCAAAACUUAUCACUCUAUGGCGGCUGCGUUUACUAUCCAGGGUGUUUAUUGGGCUUACGCUGGUUUUUGUAUGCUAGGCUCCUUGUUUGUUUAUCUCCUUCUACCCGAGACAAAAGGUAAAACCUUAGAAGAGAUUGAAGAUCUUUUCGACAGACCGGUUAAACAAACAUACGAAAGUAUACAUUGAUUGGCAGCUAUUCACCUCAGUGUCACUGGCUGGUGGUGGAUAUUUACCAAGCCAGGAAGCAGCGAAGUAAAUACCAACAAUUAGCCCCCGACACUGAGGUAAAUAAUUAUUUUAGUGUAUACUAAAGCAGUGAGAUGAUAUAGCACAAAAAGGUUAUUUUAACUUAUUUAUUCCCGCAACGGUUACAAUAUUUUCGGGCGCAAAUCGCGCGCGCCUUGCUUCGAGUAGAAUAGCAAAGGAUAUUCGGAUUUUAAGUAGCCAAUCAGUGCGUUUUCAACGCUUUCUGCUGUUUUAGUAUUACAUAUCUAAUCUAAUGAGUCGGUUUGUGUACAAAUGCAGUGGAUACGCCAGGGUGACGGCUCAGCUUGGUAAACAAUAGCAUUAGACUUUGCUGUGAGUAUACGGGAAAAUUCAGUUGAGUGGCAAUCUCAAAGGGAGAGCCACUGCUCAGUUGGACUAGCAAUACAAUUAUAUCUGGAGACAAUAAAGAUAGCAACAAUA